UCAAAGUGCGACGGGUUUGGCGCCAUUUCUGGUUAGAUGGAAGUGUAACUAAAGGCGCUUCUUUUAAAACGUUUAAUGUGGUUAGGAAAUAUUAAUAAAGUUUUGCAAUUUGGAAAUAGGAAUGAGAAUAUUAUUGUCAGGUUCACUAAGAGUGGGGGGAGUUAAAUGUCAACAGUAGUUUGGUUAGGGAACGCAGCGCAUUGUCUGUACAUUUUGUUAACUGUACUCCACUACAGUUUUGUGUAAAUAGUCAACGAUUUCUAAAAUAUUUUUGUUCUGUUUUGAACGUGUCAUUGAGCUUGUCAGAAGACAUGCACGUUGUGUAUCUGUUAUGUGGCUCUUUUCAGUAUUCGCAUUACAGUAGAUGAUACAGGAGACGUUAAAAUGUGGUAUGCUUCCAUGGAAACCUUUUCAUGAAAUGUGGAUUAUUUCGUCUGAAAACUAACCUUGCAAGAAGCAGAGGAAAGAUCUGGAGGAGCUUCCUGGAAAAACAAUUACUAGUUACUUCUCGCCAAUAUCAAAAGUAGUAGAAAAAGUAUUAUCACCCCCAAGAUCCAACAAUAUCCGUGAUUAUUUUACGAAGACCUCUGCAAAUGAGGAACAUGCACUGAGAGAGAAUAAAAGCAGCAGUUUUGAUCUUUCGUGUAUAGGCAGUGAUAAAAAAAUUGAAACAACUUUGAAGUCCAAAACACAGCAGCUGACAAAAGGUAAAAAACAAGACAGAAGAUCAAAUUUCAAAAGGAAAUUAAAUGAAGCCAAAGAGGAGCAGGAGUCUGUGCAGGAUACAGAUGAUGCCACUGUUGACCUUUGUAGGGAAGGAGGACAGUCUAGUUUUUUAGGCAGCGACACUGCUGCACUUCUUGCCCAAAUCUGUUCAGAAGAUCUGAAAGAAAAUGUAGAAGAGCAAGAACCCACUGAUGACUGUUUUGAUGUUUUCAAGACGAGUGUUAAAAGGCCAGGCAGUGUCAACAACACUACAACAAAAAAAGACUCCAGAAAGUCACAUAAGUCUGAAAAUGUCAACACUUCUCAAACUGAUUUUGUUGAGCAUGUAGAAGUGAAAUCCUCUGAAAAAGGCGCUAACAGUAGUACUGCAAGAAAAGGAUUGAAAAAGUCACAGAAGUCUGAAAAAGGCAAAACAUGUCUUAAGGCUUCUAUUGAAGAGAGAAUAGACACCAAAAGUGAUACAGAGACCAAACAAGCUCAAGUUAAGACCAAGAUGGGUCAGAGAACUCCUGUGAUGAUGAACAGUUCAAGGCCAGGCGAGAAUUUCUGAAAAGUGGAUUGCCUGAAUCUUUGAAGAGGCAGAUUACAAAGACUGCUGUGGCAAUGGAAGCUUAUUCUGUGGCAUGUAUGUCCUUCCAACCUGUCACACACGUGCAACAAAAAGACAAUGUAGACUGCAUCAUGUGGAACCUGACAUGGCCGACCUCCUCUGCUCUGCAGUUUCUGAAAGAAGAAAGCAACCAGUUGAAAAACUUCACACUUAGUGGUUCGCUGAGAGAAUUUUGUGUUCUGUAUACAAGACCUCCUGUUAAAGAUCCCUUAGUCAAGUUAUUUGGAUGGAGACCUGAACUUUCAGAGGCUGUGAAAAAUUGUUUAGCACAAGAAAUUCAGUUGGCAAACACAAGCUUUCCUGUUACCAGAAUUCUUCAGCAGCUGUGGAAUCGAAGUGAGCGGAUUGCAGUUCCUGAAAGCAAGUCAGGAUCACAAAGCAUCAUCCUUUCAAGUCCUGUAGCUGCAUCUGAAGAAAAGACCAGCCCUGGCCAGGAGAAUGAGCAACGUACAGAAGCUAAGAGGCAGAACACAAAAAAGCGAAAAAGAGAUCAGGAAGUGGACAUAAUAGAAAAGAAGAAAGCACUUAAUACUAGUGAUGACUCUGUUAUAGUUAUUGAUCCUGAAGAAUCAGAACAUGACAAAAGACGCACAAGACGUAGUAUGAAAGAUCUAAAAUCUGAGGUGCUUGUAAAAGGCAGGCUUAAUCGUUCAUCUAGAAGGAAGAAUGAAGCUGCAAGCAGUUCUUGUCCAGAAGAGACAGAUAAGGAUCGAAAUGUACCACUGAAUGCCACCAGUGUCAAAGCUGUAGAUGACAGGCUGUGUGGAAGUGAAGCACUUGAAAUUACUGAUAAUUCUGCAUAUGAAGAUGUCCUGUGGACAGAAAAGUAUCAACCACUGAACUCUUCUGAACUCGUUGGUAAUGCAACUGCAAUAAAGAAAUUGCACAGCUGGUUAAAGGAAUGGAAGAGGAGAGCAGAGAAGGAACAACAGAAAGAGAAGAAGAAGAUAGAAAAUGACAAAUCAAAAGAUGUUUGGAAUAGUGAUGAUUUUAAAGGCAGCAGCUCUGAAGAUGAAGAUGAGGAAUUUCUUUGCAACACUGUACUUAUAACUGGCCCUACAGGCGUGGGAAAGACUGCUGCAGUAUAUGCUUGUGCAAAAGAGCUUGGAUUUAAGGUGUUUGAAGUUAAUGCUUCAUCACAGCGCAGUGGUCGACAGAUUCUUUCACAACUGAAGGAAGCCACACAGUCUCAUCAGGUUUCUAAAAAAGGGAGUAAUGCACAGAAGCCUUCGGUUUUUAGUAACUUUAGCAGUAGCAAGUCACCAGGAAAAACUAAUUCUCCCAGGAAGGUGACAUCAUCACCGAGGAAACUACCUUCAUCUCCUAGAAGAACAUCCCAGAAAAAAGGGUUAGCCCCUUCAUCUUUGGCCAGUUUUUUCAAAGCAGCUUCCAAGCCUAAAUGUAAAGAUGAUAGUGAUGCUAAAUCUCAAGAAAAACAAACUAAAGAUGAAGCUAAAAAGCCAUUGGAGGUAAAAGCGAACAGUUCGAGACAGAAAGAUACCAAGGCAGCUGCUAAGCCUGAACAUUCAGAAGGAUUGUCCGAAGAGUCCAGCCGCAACUCUGCAACAUCUCUUAUUCUUUUUGAAGAGGUUGAUGUUAUUCUUGAGGAAGAUGCUGGCUUUUUGAGUGCGGUGAAAUCCUUCAUGGCAACAACUAAGAGGCCGGUGGUACUCACUAGUAGUGAUACAACAUUCGGUUUGCUGUUUGAUGCUAACUUUGAGGAAAUAAAGUUCAAAACACCUUCCCAGGUUAAUGUUGCUAGCUAUCUGCAGUUGCUGUGCUUGGCUGAGAACAUAAGGACUGAUGUGAAAGAUUUCUCUACCCUUCUUAGUGUAAAUAACUGUGACAUCAGGCAAAGUGUUCUUUAUCUACAGUUCUGGGCUAGAGGUGGUGGUGGCCAGCAGAUCGAGAAGCCUGUUCCUGCAAUUUCUGCCAAGAGUGAAGAUAACCUGUCUAAUUCUGGAACCGCAUCUGGAGAACUGCAUUCCAAAGAUGUGCCUAAAUGUGAUGUGGGUUGUACUGAGAGUUUUCUUGGCCUUGGAAACUUUAUCCAGCCUUCUGAAGAUGUACUUUCUUUCCUUAAGAGUCACACUACAACUACAGAAGGGUGGAGCAAGUGGCUGCAGUUGUUUACAGCUUUCCAGGAGCGGCAGCUAGAUUUUGCACACAGUAAUCUAGAACUCCUCUUACCUUUACCAGUUUGCAUUGUGCAAGAAACACAGCCUUCUGUAACUGUUUCUGUAUCAGAAAUGGCUUCAGCAUCACUGCAGAAAAGCAGCGAACAUUUAGUAAACUCUAGUCCAAUGAAAAUGUCAGGAAGAAGACGACUGCAUGCGAAGCUAGAAAUAUUAGCAGACAGUGACUUGUUCGAUUCAGACUCUGAUUCAAUGGACAUGGGUCUAUUAUCAAUCCCUGCUUCUGCAGUGCAGAGUAAGGAUGGCAAUGAAGAAAACAGUAGGUCACUGGUAAAACAAGAGCAGGAAAAGACUGUGUUUAAGAACCUUCCAGAAAAGAAACCAAAAACUCCAGCAGAGCAAAAGUGUUCUGCUCUUGUUUAUCAGUCUUUGGACUCUCUCAAUGAAUUUAUAGAUAACCUGUCUUUUUUAGACUGCUUCAUGCACACAAAAGCGGAUAAAGGAAGACAUUGCCAAAGGGAAGAGUAUAAUUGGACAGGUGCAGAAAUGAAGGAUGGACUUUGGGAUGAAAGUAAUAUAGAAGAGCAUGACUGGAAGAUCACUGACAUAUGGAGAGAAGUGAGGGCAGCAGUGGAAGCACUGAGUCUUCGCAAAUGCCAGUCGUGCAUUUCACAUUCUAUGGAAACGUCACUGAGUGCAUGCCAGGCCCUUGGGAAAGACCCCACAGAAGAACUAACACUGCAUAUUCCCAGAUACACAAAUUCUGCACUGUUUAGUGGGAUGGUGACUUGCAACUCUAGCAUGGCACAGAAACGGGUGGAGAUAAUGAAGAAUGUAUUUUGUCACAGAACGCAUUCGGGCAUAUGGAACAUGCAAGCUGCUGCAGCGGAGUUCCUUCCUGUUCUUCGUAAUAUCUGUAGAUCUCAACAGUUCAAAGAGAAAGGGAAGAUUAAGAGAAGGUUUUUGCACUACUUGGAAGGAAUUCAUCUUCAGUUGCCAAAAACUACAAUGGAUGCACUUGCAGCAGAUUUUCCUUAAUACUUGUUUUCUGCAUAUCUGAAGUAAACUGUAAAUAUGUAUGGUUUUUAAGUGGCUUUGUAUAUUAUCUCUGGCAUUUUUCAUUUAAGAUAUUGUUUCUGUUAGCAAUAUCCAGUUGUAUGCUUUGAAAAAAAGCUGUGUGGAUAAUGUGUAUCCUUUGUAUAUUGAAAUUUCAUUUUUAUAAAUAAUAAGUCAAAGUUGUAAAUAAUUCUAUUUUAAAAGCAAAGUGAAAUGUAUUGGCAAACCUCAUUUUACUGAGAGAAAAGUAAAAUGAAAUAAUAAAGCUGCAGUGGAAUUUUGUGAAAUGUAUAUUGUGAUGCAGAUGAAACUGACAACCCUGUACUAGUACAUAAUUCACAAUUUAGUCUCAUUCCUUUUAUUAAUGUCUGAUUUAAAGUACACAUGUAAUUGUCAUCAUCCAUGGAGUGAAAAAUGGCUUUUACCUGAUUUUUUACCAUUUAACCCUUCUUCUUACUGUGUAUUGGUUCUAAGUAUUGUUGUCAGUUUUUUCACAUCUGACUGAUUGUAUAUUGUCUACUCCUCAAUUUGUAUAUGUCAUUGUAUGUGUUCUCAUUUGUACAUCUCAUUUUAUAAAGACUUUUAACUAGAAUUGGAUUGUGUACGAAUUAAUUUUUCUUAAUUUUAAAUGAAAUAAAUUAGUCUAUCUUGUACUGUAGCAAGCCUGCAGUAUGCAUUAAAUCUGGAAGUGCACAAACAC